CUAGUAAGAACAAAAUGGCUUCCAAACGUGGAUGCAUGUGCAUUGAAUAUUUUUUACAGAAUAUUUCAGAUUUACUUGUUGUAAGAUAGAAAAUGAUGACCGUGGCUCUUUGAUUAUGCAGAGGUCUUGAGUAUUGGGCAUAGAAGCCCAUUCGAGUAGCGGAUCGCAAACACGCUUUGUCGUACGCGAUCUUUGUUAAAUCAUGUCGAAAGCGACUAAGAGAAAGCAUGUUGCGAAAGAAGUACUGGACGAUUACGUUGUUCCAGACCCAAAUCAACAGAUUGUUAAGAUUUUAGGCGGACGUGGAAACAACCUUCAUGAAGUGGAAACUUCUGAUGGCAAAAAAUUUCUUGUCAGUAUGCCAUCAAAAUUCAGAAAGAGUGUAUGGAUUAAGAGAGGAGAUUUUGUUAUUGUGGACCCCAUAGAAGAGGGGAACAAAGUGUGUGCCGAGAUGGUUCACAUUCUGUAUGGCAAGCAAAUUAAAUAUCUGAAAAAUGAAGGAUUGUGGCCUUUAGCGUUUGCAGACAAAGCUUCAACUGAUGAAAAAGCAGAUGACAAGCAAAUAAACAGCAAUGUCUGUGAAAAGAAUAUUAAUGGUGUUAGUGAGGAUGAAGAGGACAGAGAUGAGGACUAUGAUGAUGAAGAUGAUGAUGAUCUGUUUGUUAAUCCCAAUCAUCAGAAAACAACAUACUAUGUUGAAUCACAGUCAAGUGAUAAUAGUGACAAUGAAGAGUGACAUCCAUGACCAGUCUUGUAAAGUGCAUUUCUCCAUUUUCUUAGAGAGACUGGUCUGUUGUGAACUAUUUAUGAAACAACAUUGUUAGAAACAAAUUAUGGAAGUUAAGGAA